AUGACUGGGUUAUGUCAAGUUCCUAGCUGCUACAUGGGAGACUUUAAUGAAAUAGUGCAUGUGGACGAAAGGCAAGGUACUGAUGUUCUACCUAGGUCGGCGGAAGAUUUCAAGAGUUGGAUACAAGAUAUGCAUCUAGUCAAUUUGCCGCUCAUAGAUUGCAAGUUCACAUGGUUUCGGGGACAGUCUUGCAGUCGUAUAGAUAAAGCUCUGGUUAGUUUGGAGUGGUUAGAGGAGUUUUCUGAGAUUCGGAUACGCGGUGGCCCAAGGAGUUUGUCAGACCACUAUCCUGUAAUUCUAGAAGUCAUGAAGCAGAGGGCAGGUCCAAGUGCGUUCCGAAGUUUAAAUUCUUGGUUUACACAUGAAGGCUUUCUUAGGAUGGUUAAGGAGGAGUGGAGAGGUUUGGGGGAGAUACAGUUCACAGACAAGUUGAAGGUUUUGACAAUUCCGUUAGGAAAAUGGCAUAAGGUUUAUUUUGGGGAUAUGGACAAGAAGAUUACGAAGUUUGAGGAAGAAAUCAAGAAGGUUGAUGAUUUGGUAAGUAAUGAGAUGUACGAUGGAACGAUGGAGGCUAUGAGGAGGGCGCUGGUUACCUGCUGUGAGAGGUGGAUAGAGCAGGAAGGCUCUGUAAAUCUGGAGGCGCUGCCAACAGUUGAGAAAAUCAGAGAGGCUGUGUGGGACUGUGAGUCUUCUAAGACACGAGGUAGUGACUGGUACAACAUGAAUUUUAUAAAAAGGUGUUGGGGUGAGAUUGGGUUUGAAUUUAUGGCUGCAGUGAUAGGGUUCUUUCAGACAUCAAGGUUGCCGGCGGACUCCAACAUCACUUGGGUGGCGUUGGCACCUAAGUUCAUUGGGGCAAAGGAGAUUAAAGAUUUGCAACCUAUCAGCAUGGUUGGGUGCGUGUACAAGGUUAUCUCCAAGGUCUUGGUCAAGAGAAUGAGAUCAGUGAUGCUAGCGUUAGUAGGAAAAACUCAGAGUGCAUUUGUAAAAGGAAGAAAAAUUCAUGAUGGAGCACUUAUCGCUUGUGAAACUGUAAACUGGAUAAAACUGAGAAAGAAGGAGGCAGCAAUAAUCAAGCUUGACUUCCAAAAAGCAUAUGAUAGAGUCAAGUGGAGCUUUUGUGGACAUUGUAUUGCAAAAGAUGGGGUUGAUUCGCUUCUAGUCAAAUACCUGGAUAUUCCCUUAGGUGCAAAUCCGAGAUUGGUGAAGACAUGGAAGCCUAUAAUAGACAAAGUGGAGGAGAAGCUCAGGGAUUGUGGGUUCUGGGACGGGUUAGAGUGGAUUUGGAACUUCCAAUGGAAGAGAGAGCUCUUUCAAUGGGAGUUGGAACUACUGGGUCAAUUACAUGAGGCAUUGAGACCUGUGAAACUAGAGGCGAUACUCCCAGAGGAGAUUACAAGUUAUAGCUACACAAAGACCAUUUGGAAGGGGUUAGUCCCAUCAAGAGUAGAGCUGUUUGCUUGGUGUGGAGUGCUUGGAUAUCAAUGUUUGGCCAACAAUGGUCUAUUUCAGGUACAAUGA